UCUCCCCUCUUCCUUCUCGACUUUCCUCGCCCGUAGCCAUCAUGCUCGUCGGGGCUGAACUCACCACUGUAGACGUGCUCGUCGCCGUCGAUGUCAACUGAGCUCAUAGGUGUGCUCAGUGCAGCCGUACGACCCCAACGCGCCAGCCCAUGCGCAUCGUCGUGCCUGCAAACGCCGGAUCUGUCGAGCUCCCGUACGGGCCGCAGCCGUUCACACUUUGGCCGCCCCUGGACACGACCAGCCCUGUACCCCGCGCGCGUCGCCCAUGACCCUGCCUCGCCCCUGGCCGCGCCCGCCAGCGCCCUGCCGUGCGCGGCGCUCUGGUCGUAUCCAGGUGUGCCCUGCCAUGCGCGGACCAGAGAAAACAGGGCUUUGUUGGCACUACACGCCGACAGGCUCUCAACCGCCAUCAACUCCAGAGCAUGGCAGAGCACGCCGGCCGGUAGCCGAGUUGGCAGCAGCAGCCUUGCCUGUCUUCUCGCGUUGCCACCGGAGGGGAUAUCUCGAAGCGCCAGCUUGAAGAGACGUGCAUAGAGAUGCCAUCGUAUGUCAUGUACAAGGUUGAGGUUCCCGGAGUCUAUGACGAUUGGGAGGAGUGUCGGAGACAGGUUCACCAUUUCAGCGGUAACAGUUACAAAGGGUACACCACUAGGGCGAAGGCAGAAGCUAGAUACGUGCGCUAUCUAGUGGGAGAGAGGAUGGAGCGGAGGAGGAACCGGAUGAAGAUCAGUUUCAUCGCGAUGAUGCUCAUCGUGACCGCAACCCUCUUCUAUGUGAUGGUAGUUUAGAUAUCAACUUGUAAUGUGAAGACAAACUCGCUACUCGCGGUCUCGAGACUUGUAAUGUUCUAACUUUGUUCGGCAUUUUGAAUUCAGAGACUAAUAUGAUGAAUUGUAUUCGGAGA